AUGGACGGAACUAUUAAGGAGGCGUUAUCAGUGGUGAGUGAAGACCAGUCCUUGUUCGAGCCUCCGUACGCUGCUGCUGCCCCCCUCCCCAAAACAGACAUGACCGCAUCUGGAGCACAGGACUUCGGUCAGACUCACAAGAUCCACUCCAUCCCACCACAGCAGGAGUGGAUCAACCAGCCAGUCCGGGUCAACGUCAAGCGCGAAUACGAGCACAUGAACGGCUCCAGGGAGUCUCCGGUGGACUGCAGUGUGGGGAAAUGUAAUAAGAUGGUGGGGGGUAAUGACACAGCUCAGAUGAACUAUGGAAACUACAUGGAUGAGAAGAGUGCCCCUCCCCCAAACAUGACCACCAACGAGAGGAGGGUCAUCGUACCGGCAGACCCUUUGUUGUGGUCCCAGGACCAUGUGCGCCAGUGGCUGGAGUGGGCCAUAAAGGAGUACGGCCUCUUAGAUAUCGACACCAGCAUGUUUCAGAACACAGACGGAAAAGAGCUUUGCAAAAUGAACAAGGACGACUUCCUCCGCCUCACCACCAUGUACAACGCCGAAGUGCUCCUGUCUCAUCUCAAUUACCUCAGGGAAAGUAGCUCAUCAUUAUCAUACAACGCUCCAUCUCACACUGAUCCUUCCCCACGCCUCGCUCCUAAAGACGACUCUUCGUAUGAUGUUGUUCGGAGGACAGGAUGGUCAAACAACAUGCACAGCGGCAAAGCAGGAUCUCCGGUCGUGCCUCAGAAUGUGACCAAGUCCACAGAGCAGCCACGCGCACAGCCAGAUCCAUAUCAGAUUCUGGGCCCGACCAGUAGUCGCCUUGCUAAUCCAGGCUCAGGUCAGAUCCAGUUGUGGCAGUUCUUGCUGGAGCUCCUGUCGGACAGCGCCAACGCGGGCUGCAUUACCUGGGAGGGCACCAACGGCGAGUUCAAGAUGACCGACCCGGACGAGGUGGCGCGACGCUGGGGGGAGCGCAAGAGCAAACCCAACAUGAACUAUGAUAAGCUGAGCCGUGCACUGCGCUACUACUACGACAAAAACAUCAUGACCAAAGUGCACGGCAAGCGCUACGCCUACAAGUUUGACUUUCACGGCAUCGCACAGGCCCUACAGCCACACCCCACCGAGUCCUCAAUGUACAAGUAUCCCUCAGACCUGGCCUACGUGCCGUCGUACCACGCGCACCAGCAGAAGGUAAACUUUGUCUCCCCACAUCCCCCCUCCAUGCCAGUCACUUCCUCUAACUUUUUCGGACCCACUGCGCCGUACUGGAGCUCGCCCACAGCCGGCAUCUACCCCAACCCCAACGUCCCGCGGCAUCCCAACACCCACAUGCCCUCCCACCUGGGCACCUACUAUUGA